UUUGCCAAGAAGCGCGUAGUCCAUGUUAUUUGGACCGCGUGCUACUUUCUGCACCUUUUUGUUCAACCCACAGCAGUUAUAUAUACUCCACUCCCAUUCCUCAUUCUGCACCCCAAAUUCAACUCCAUUUCCUACUCUUUGUUUUUCCAUAGCUCUCCAUCUGGAAGAGACUUCCUUGCUCGGAAUUCAUUUGGGUUUUGUGACUCUUGGGAGGUGUGUAAAAUCUCAGUGAUAGUGAACAACAGUCACUGCCAGACUGGACAGAAAAUCGAACUAGACUUGGAUACAUAAAACGCAACAUUUGAAGUUUUUCGUGUAUCAGGCAACGAACACAGGCUUAUUUUUUUUUUUUGUUGGUUUCUUUCUUUAACAAAGAUGGGAGAGAACGGUGCUGGAAAAAAUCACCUUCACAACAACCAAGUUUUUGAUCUCUCCAUUGAUGUGCUUCAACAAGGUGGCUCCAAAUGCUUUGAUGACGAUGGCCAUCUCAAGCGAACUGGAACUGUAUGGACCGCAAGUGCUCAUAUUAUUACAGCUGUUAUUGGUUCUGGUGUCCUGUCCCUGGCAUGGGCUACAGCUCAGCUUGGAUGGAUUGCUGGUCCAGCAGUGAUGUUUUUGUUCUCUUUUGUAACUUACUACACCUCUACUCUUCUUGCUGCCUGUUACCGCUCUGGUGACCCUAUCAAUGGCAAGAGGAACUAUACUUACAUGGACGUUGUCAGCUCAAAUCUUGGUGGGGUUAAAGUCAAGAUAUGUGGGUGGGUUCAAUACUUGAACCUUUUUGGAGUUGCCAUUGGAUACACAAUUGCAUCGUCAAUUAGCAUGAUGGCUAUUAAAAGGUCUAAUUGCUUCCAUGCAAGUGGUGGGAAAAACCCAUGCCGCUUGAAUAGCAACCCUUAUAUGAUUGCUUUUGGCAUUGCUGAAAUAAUUUUCUCUCAAAUUCCUAACUUUGGUCAAUUAUGGUGGCUUUCCAUUGUUGCUGCUGUCAUGUCCUUCACUUACUCAACAAUUGGACUUGGUCUUGGGAUUGCUAAAGUAGCAGAAACUGGAAAAAUUAGGGGAAGCCUGACUGGAAUAAGUGUUGGAACUGUUACUCAAACCCACAAAGUAUGGAGGAUCUUCCAGGCACUUGGAGACAUAGCUUUUGCCUAUUCAUACUCCCUUAUACUCAUUGAAAUUCAGGACACUCUCAAAGCUCCACCAUCAGAAUCAAAGACAAUGAAAAAGGCAACUUUGUUAAGUGUUGGAGUGACAACUCUCUUCUACAUGUUGUGCGGUUGCAUGGGUUAUGCUGCUUUUGGAGACUUGUCCCCUGGAAACCUUCUCACUGGUUUUGGAUUCUAUAACCCAUUCUGGCUCCUUGACAUUGCUAAUGCAGCUAUUGUAAUUCACCUUGUUGGUGCAUACCAAGUUUACUGCCAACCCCUUUUUGCCUUCAUAGAGAAAACAGCUGCAGAAAAGUUCCCAGACAGUGAAUUCACUACCAAAGAGAUCAAGAUCCCUAUUCCAGGCUUCCGCCCCUACAAUCUCAACCUCUUCCGAUUGGUUUGGAGGACACUUUUUGUGAUCAUAACAACUUUGAACUCUAUGCUUCUUCCCUUCUUUAAUGAUAUUGUUGGACUCCUUGGGGCUCUUGGAUUCUGGCCACUCACAGUUUACUUCCCAGUUGAGAUGUACAUUUCACAAAAGAAGAUACCAAAAUGGAGCACAAGAUGGCUUUGCCUCCAAAUCCUUAGCAUUGCUUGCCUCGUUAUCACUAUAGCUGCAGCUGCCGGUUCUGUUGCUGGGAUUGUGCUUGAUCUCCAGUCAUAUAAGCCUUUCUCAACCGGCUACUAGUGCAGUAGAAUUGAACUGGUAUCAUACCAUUCAUGGACAGUUCAAAAGGCAAGGAAAACUAAUCUUUCGGAUUAAAAAGGUUCUUGUUCUUGUUCAUAUCAAGCCAGAAUUGUCGUUGCUAAUUACCUUUACUCCUAUGCAGUUUCUUUUGUUCUCUACUGUUCAGCAAAAUGGGGUCAUGGGUCACUAUUUCAACUUGUAACUUUCCAUGUCAAUGCAAAAUGGAAAAAUUUGAGCACAAAGUAUUAAGAUUUAACAAUUUAAAAUACAACGUGAUAACAUGACAUAAAUAUAAU